AUGGUGGGAGUAAUGGAUCACAUCCAUGCUACUAAAAAGUUUAAAUGUGAUUCCACUGGACAACUUGACCAAGGCCCGGACAAGCGCAAACAAGUUGAUGCUCAUGUUCAAGCCUUCCUCAAGGCUGUUCUUGACCAUGCCCACAGUGGUUCUUUUCGACAGACGGACAGUUCAGCAGAACAGAAAAAACCUGUGAAAAUAAAUGCCUCAACUCAAACGGACGACUACGAAUCAUGUUCAUACUCUCCGGAUCAGGCACUCAAAAAUCACCUGGGAUAUGACGAAAAUGAACAGACCGUCAGUGUUCACCAAAGCAUCACUCGAGUUCCUAAUCGAGAAAUGUAUAGUGAAGAAGCAUUUAAUUUUCUUUCUCAGCAGAGUAUUUAUUCGGAAAAAGCACAGGAGGAACUUACGCUUACUGAUGAUGGUUCCCAUAACUAUUCUACUCAAAGCUAUUGUGGUCGCACUGAUCAUGGUGUUAAUCCUAAGAGUAGUCGCAUUUCCUCGAGUAAGAUCAAACGGGCGAUAAACGAAUGGGUUAAAAAAUAUGAAGACUGGUUUUUUCAAAAUUUUGGUAUGGAUGUGCGAACUGCUUCGCAUUCAUUUGAACCUAAGUCUGAAAUUAAUCUCCCUUCACAGAAAUCAGAAGCUGUUAUUACAUCCCACGCACUGGUGAACACCGUUUCUCCUACUUGUCAGAUGCAAAAUUCUUGUGUUGUAUCACACUCACCUGUUAGUUAUCUGGUUCCAGAGGGUUCGUUAUGCACACUGGAUAGUCGGUUUUCUCCCUAUUAUUCCCUCGUCCCUUCGUUUUACAUUUCGCCAGCUUUUGGCAACAUUGUUCCUGCCUUACACUCCGCUACCACAGCCUUCGACCUCAAUGUUGGACCUCCGUUCUGUCCGAAUUCUAUGAUCGUACCUGGAUUCAUCCCUUCAAACAUUUGUGCAUCCAUAUCUAAUAUGAUUGUUCCCCUCCCACCAAACGUUCAGAACCAAAUAAAUGCCCCUCUAAUUUCAGUUCAGUCAGGCUUAACGAGCUCCACUACAAAUUCCAACAUAGCUAAUCCUGUGAGCCCAUCUGUAACUACAGCUCCAAACCCCCAGCAUAUUCAGAGCGUCACUUUCGCAGAUUUACCCAGUGAAUUACAAACAUCGGCCAUGCUUGCUACCCUAGCACUUCCAGUUGCUGAUAGUCAACAUAGUUUGGGCCAGUGGGGACCGCGGUUAAAAUAUGGCACAUAUGGUCGAUUGCCAUCCUCCCUUGACUUAGAAGCCUUUAAUUUGCAAAAGCAGUCAUCUGAGAUUUGGAAAAGUCAGACAACUCAGGUGUCCUAUACUUCUCCCGAUAUGUUAGCAAACAAAUCUCCUGCCGCUACUGAGUCACUCCAGAUGCCUCCCCCACCUCCUACCUUCAUUCUUUUAAGAAGACAAGCCAUGGUUUGUGCGCUGCAGCUGUCCUGUCGGGAGCGUGGACGGGAAUUGUUUCUGCGAGAGAAGGAAAGUUACAGUGGUUUGUCUAUCGACUUUGUCAAAGAACUCUCUCAAGUGGUUGACUCCAGUAUUGGUCUCUGCCCUAAAUACAUAUUUACAAGGAUUUCAGAUCUUUCUCCAAGGGAACGUUCUUUUUAUGUCAAACAGACUUCUAAUACUGGUGAAUCAUAUGAUGUCAGUCAACUAUUUGCCUGUGAUCUUUUAAUUGGGGAUGUAUUAGUAGCUGAGUCACUUUCAAUGACAACAUCUUUAGCCAAAAUAUGUGCAGCUCGGCAGGCUUUCCAGAUUUUAUCACGACCUUGCUUUCUUGUCGGAUCUGUACGCCAGUGGGAAGACGUGGAAUAUUUGGUUUUAUGCCUAAGUCCUAAGGCUGAGAUAGUCCCUAAAUUACCUCCAUUUCUUGACGAUCCUUUCGAAUCGAAUUUGGAAAAAGAUAACAAUGAAUUCAAAGGUGAUGAAAAUAUUACAACGGUUUUCAACCCCAAACCAUUUGAAGACAUGUGGAUUUACCUAGCCCGACUUCCGAGGGAAGCAUUAAAUGACCAGUUGCAUACAGUACAAAUUUUGGCACAGUCAGCUGAAUUCAGCCAAAUGGUAAUCAAUUUUGAAUUUGAAGUACAAACAAUCACUGGUCAAAUUGUGUGCAACACACUAAUUGAUAAUCAACGCUGUCUAUCCGUUGAAAGCGAAAAUUUGUAUGGUGCUCAACGAUUGGCAAUGCGUAGUCUGUUGGAUAAAUUGUGCACUACUCAACCUGUUAUCGGUUUGUCAUUUACACGGGAAGAUAAGUUCGAGGAUGCUGUUUUACCUCUUUGGGGCAUUCCGGAACACCUUAUGGUCGAAAAUCUUAUGUGGGGAAAAGAAGAACUUGAUUCACCGGUACAUUUCGAGCAACUAGAAGCUCACUGUGAUAUUUCAUCUUUGUCAUCACCUUCUUACAACGAUGAGGAACCAGAUAGUGGAAGUAGGCACGAUACAGCGGAUUGUAUUGGUCGAUUCACUUCAUCGAUUGUGAUUGAACGCUAUCUCCAAGCGUAUGCUGCUUCAGCGUUGGUAUCUCCAGUUUGCAUUCUCCCGCAUAUUGUUCCAAUAAGUCUUUGGCCAAUUGUACAAAAACAUGCCAGACGUUGGGGUUUACUCAGUCGUGUAGAAACACGUGAUUUGAAUGAAUCAGUUUAUCUUAUUGUUUGCAAACGUGUCCCACUUCCUCGAUUAAAAAAGUCACUAUAUGAGAAUCAACAGUACGGUUGCUUUUGUCUGCUUGAUCGAGGUAACCUUACAACGGAAGCUCUGAAACGGAUGGCCCAAACUGAACCACUUUGUCCUACUGAUUGUUCAGGUACACAGAAUAAUGAUCCUGUUUCAUUUGAUCGUACAACCAACGAUAUUCUGCCGUAUUUUACACCACCUGAUCCAUACAUUGAUGAACCAGUAACUCGUCUAGCUCGUGAAUUUGUGACUAGGCAUAAAUCACGCAUAAAAACUGAGUCAAAUGAUGAAAAUUUCAACGUUGGUACUGAGGAUUGUGUCAUCCUUACAGCAGAACUUAAUCAACCAUCGAAUGCUAUCGAAAUCUUAGAUGACUUACCGAAAACACUGAUACCGGGUAUAGAUUUUUAG